AAUUUGAUACGCUCGAAUGCUACUCACACCAGCACCCUGACAUACACCUCUUUGCUGCUUGCAGCAUCAGAUUACGGCGCAUAUAAUAUCAACGUGCUCGCAGUUGCCAGCACGAAGUAGCGUCCUUUUGGCCCUUGGCUGUGAUGAGCCAUGCAGGCCCAGGAUUGGCAGUUUCUCCCCCCUGGCCAUAUCGUCCAUGGCCCAUGGGCUGUGUAUGUACGUACAGUGUCGUGAUGGUGCUAGUGCUCGCAUGGGGAAAUGCUACUUACUGGAUCCCGGAUUCAGCAAAGCGUCGAGGCCGACAACCACACGGCAGCGUUGUAGCGCAGUUGAUCCCCACGUGGAAGAGAGAGGCUCAUGUUGCAGCUUGCAACCCGCUUUGGAACCGCUGUCUUUAGGACUGUCAUCCUGGGAAGGUGAGCGAAUACUUGGUAUUAUAGGCUCUCACCUGGGGACCCGGAGACUAUCUUACCCAAACCUCCGGCCAAGGCCACGGACAGUUCCGCUACGAUUACCGUGCUUGCUUGUAUACUGUCCCUGUGCUCGUACCGCUUCCUGCAAGGAUCUUCACCAAAAGGGAGGGCACGGAAACAGCAGUCUACGGAACUUUCGGGCUACUUCCAGGCUUUCCUGCCCAUCAAAUCUGCUGAUGGCCCUGUAAUAUUGGAAAAUCAGCACAUGGGGGCUGCUCAAGAAGGGGGGUGGGAGGGAGCAGAGGGUGGUCUGGACCUCACUCUCGUCUUGAAUUGUUCCGACUCGCCCGCGCAAUUGUGAUCUCGCCCAUCGCGUAAGCGCGAGAUCUCUCUCGCAGUACCGGCGUUCAAGAUGAGCCCGAUAUUGCGCUGGAUUGCUAAGGAU